CACUGUAUCUCGGUACAUGCGACAAUAAACUAAACUGAAACAAAACGUGCAGUGGGAGAGACAAGAAGUGACAAUGUUUUAAAGAGAACCUUCAACAUGGAGGAUGCAACUUGAAUAAGUCUUGUGUUCGUUUCUUUUGAAUGUUGCAGAAAGAGUUCUGCAGGCAAAUAAUAAUAAAAAUGUUGGGGUUUGUCUUCACUUUUAGGUGUUCAAAAGAGAUAAAGGGAAAGCAAGCUGAAUGCGGGGGAGGAUCCUGUCAUUCUUGCGGGAUUGAUAGCAACACAGGACUCCCAAACAGAGAUUGUAUGUUUUUUCCGGACAAAACGCAAACGACAGCGGCUUCAAUAAUGUAUCUCCAAGGAUUGAAAGAUGUGGUUGAAUUCUGUGAUAACAAGACUCACAAUGCUAAAGCACCCAACAUGCAGAACAAAAUGUGCAAUUACAGGAGCACUUGGGACGUGAUCAGCAAGUCAGAUGAUUUCAAGAAUAACCCUCCGGCUAACAUUCCAUCCCUCGUGCCGACAAUAACUCUACUAUAUGUCAAGGACCGAGUGCUGUGCUUAGUUCUCGAUGACUCUGGUAGCAUGAGCAGCGGAAAUCGUAUUGCUAGGCUCCGACAAGCAGCGUCGAUAUUCCUGCUGCAGAUCAUUGAGGAAGGGUCCCAGGUUGGCAUCGUAACUUAUAAUAGCGGGGCAACUAUUAAAACACAUCUGAAAACAGUUGAUAGUGAAGCGGUUCGGAAGGAACUGAUAGGCUUCCUGCCUCCAAGCGCAUAUGGUGGAACAAAUAUUUGUGCAGGGGUUCGAUCUGCUUUCCAGGUCCUUCGCGGAGAUGACAAAGCUACAAAUGGCGAUGAAAUAGUUCUGCUGACCGAUGGGGAGGACUAUUCUAUAAACACUUGCUUCAACGAAGUGAAACAAAGUGGAGCUAUUGUCCACACCAUCGCAUUGGGACCAAGCGCAGCCAAAGAACUGGGAGAACUAUCAAUUAUGACAGAUGGCUUACAGUUUUCGGCCACAGAUAACGUGGAUGAAAAUGGACUAGUUGAUGCAUUCACCGGAUUAGUAUCAGGCAAUGGUGACAUUAACCAGCAGUCAAUCCAGCUUGAAAGUUCUGCAAAGCUCAUCAGCAGUAAUAGUUGGUUAAACGGUACAGUUUUCAUUGAUAAAACCGUUGGGAACGACACGUUCUUUGUAAUGACGUGGGUGAGAAGUACACCAUCCAUCUUAGUUCGUGAUCCUCGGGGAAAGAUCUACGAUGAUACAAGCUUUGACAUAGACAACAUUUUGCUUACAGGACGACUUGCUAUUCCUGGCACUGCAGAGACAGGAUCAUGGAGAUACUCGAUGAAGAAUGUGGAUUCUGUAAACCAGGUUCUGAGCAUCGUUGUGAUGUCCCGCGCAGCGGAUGCUGGUGUUCCACCUGUCACUGUCAAUGCUCAUAUCAAUCAGUGUACAUCAACGUGGCCGAACCCCCUGGUCAUUUUCGCAGAGGUCAGUCACGGCUUUCUGCCAGUCAUUGACGCUAAAGUGUCAGCCACAGUGGAGCGGGCAGAUGGCAAGUCUAUCAUCGUUGACCUUCUGGACAAUGGCGCAGAUCCUGACGCGGUUGAAAACGAUGGCAUUUAUUCUAGAUACUUUGUUAAUUUUGAUGGAAAUGGACGGUACAGCUUCAAAAUAAAUGUUCAAGGAAAAGAUGGAGUGACAAGAUUAUCGGCCAGAAGGCAUGGUCGUGCCCUGUACAUCCCUGGAUAUGUGCAGAAUGGACAAAUUCAACAAAACCCAUCUCGGCCACCGUCCAUUGGUGACAACACUCAGAAACUGGGAAGUUUUCAGAGAGUUAAAUCAGGUGGCACCUGUUUAGUAAGUAAUGUACCUCCUACAGGAUCUAUUCCUGACGUGUUCCCCCCGAGUAAAAUCAUGGAUCUUAAAGCAACAAUAGUCCAGGAUAACAUACAACUGAACUGGACAGCGCCAGGAGGCGAUCUGGAUCAAGGAGAUGGUAAUUCAAAAUUAUUAUUUAAUGUAUAA